AGGGGGGAAAUGCAUCCUCCAGAAGUCACCACCAAGAUGUCUUCAGUUCGGUUCAUGGUGACACCAACAAAGAUUGAUGACAUUCCAGGUUUGUCAGACACCAGCCCAGACCUCAGCUCUCGAUCUAGUUCGCGAGUAAGAUUUAGCUCCCGAGAAAGUGUGCCAGAAACAAGUCGUAGUGAGCCUAUGAGUGAACUGUCUGGGGCCACUACUUCUCUGGCAACUGUUGCCCUAGAUCCUUCCAGUGACCGGACUUCUAACCCCCAGGAUGUUACCGAAGACCCGAGUCAGAACUCCAUCACAGGGGAGCACAGCCAGCUGUUAGAUGACGGACAUAAAAAAGCUCGAAAUGCUUAUCUCAACAAUUCCAACUAUGAAGAAGGAGAUGAGUAUUUUGAUAAAAAUCUGGCACUCUUUGAGGAAGAAAUGGACACCAGACCAAAGGUGUCUUCUCUCCUCAACCGCAUGGCCAACUAUACUAACCUGACACAGGGAGCAAAGGAGCAUGAAGAGGCGGAGAACAUCACUGAAGGGAAGAAGAAGCCUACCAAGAGCCCCCAAAUGGGUACUUUCAUGGGUGUCUACCUCCCAUGUCUACAAAAUAUUUUUGGAGUGAUCCUCUUUCUGCGUCUCACCUGGGUGGUGGGCACAGCUGGAGUCCUUCAGGCCUUUGCAAUUGUCCUCAUCUGCUGCUGCUGUACGAUGUUGACUGCCAUCUCCAUGAGUGCCAUUGCCACUAAUGGAGUGGUGCCAGCUGGGGGCUCAUACUUCAUGAUUUCCCGGGCCCUGGGCCCAGAGUUUGGUGGGGCUGUUGGCCUCUGCUUUUACCUUGGCACCACAUUUGCAGCCGCCAUGUAUAUUCUUGGUGCCAUUGAAAUUUUCCUGGUGUAUAUUGUCCCCCGAGCUGCCAUCUUUCGCAGUGAUGAUGCACUCAAGGAAUCAGCAGCCAUGCUAAAUAACAUGCGUGUCUAUGGCACAGCCUUCUUGGUCCUCAUGGUCUUGGUGGUAUUCAUCGGCGUACGCUAUGUGAAUAAGUUUGCCUCACUUUUCCUGGCCUGUGUAAUUGUGUCCAUUUUGGCUAUCUACGCUGGUGCCAUCAAGUCUUCCUUUGCUCCACCACACUUCCCGGUCUGCAUGCUGGGCAACCGCACCCUUUCAUCAAGACACCUUGACGUUUGCUCUAAGACCAAGGAUGUUAACAACAUGACAGUGCCAUCAAAGCUAUGGGGAUUCUUCUGUAACUCAAGUCAGUUUUUUAAUGCCACCUGUGACGAGUACUUUGUUCACAACAAUGUCACCUCCAUCCAAGGCAUUCCUGGGCUGGCUAGUGGUAUCAUUACUGAAAAUCUUUGGAGUAAUUAUUUACCAAAGGGGGAGAUCAUUGAAAAGCCAUCAGCCAAGUCAUCCGAUGUCUUGGGCAGCUUAAACCAUGAAUAUGUCCUUGCUGACAUCACCACCUCCUUCACUCUUCUGGUGGGGAUCUUCUUUCCUUCUGUUACAGGUAUCAUGGCUGGGUCAAACAGAUCCGGAGAUCUGAAAGAUGCUCAGAAGUCCAUUCCCAUUGGAACCGUCCUUGCCAUCCUGACCACAUCCUUCGUGUACUUAAGCAAUGUUGUCCUUUUUGGUGCAUGUAUUGAAGGAGUUGUUCUCAGAGACAAAUUUGGGGACGCUGUAAAAGGUAAUUUGGUUGUAGGCACCUUAUCUUGGCCAUCCCCAUGGGUGAUUGUUAUUGGCUCCUUCUUUUCAACAUGUGGGGCUGGACUUCAGAGCCUUACAGGUGCACCCAGGCUGCUUCAGGCUAUUGCCAAGGAUAACAUCAUACCAUUCCUUAGGGUUUUUGGUCACAGCAAAGCCAAUGGGGAACCUACCUGGGCCUUACUUCUAACUGCUGCCAUAGCGGAGCUAGGAAUUCUCAUUGCCUCCUUGGAUCUCGUGGCCCCAAUUCUUUCCAUGUUUUUUCUCAUGUGUUACCUCUUUGUGAACUUGGCAUGUGCCUUGCAAACAUUACUCCGAACCCCCAACUGGAGGCCCAGAUUCCGCUACUAUCACUGGGCCCUCUCUUUCAUGGGAAUGAGUAUCUGUCUAGCUCUAAUGUUCAUUUCUUCCUGGUAUUAUGCCAUUGUAGCCAUGGUAAUAGCUGGCAUGAUCUACAAGUACAUUGAGUACCAAGGGGCUGAGAAAGAAUGGGGCGAUGGUAUCCGUGGGCUGUCCCUCAGUGCAGCUCGCUUUGCUUUGCUCCGCCUAGAGGAAGGACCUCCUCACACUAAAAACUGGAGGCCUCAGUUGCUCGUCCUGCUGAAGCUGGAUGAAGACUUACACGUCAAACAUCCUCGCCUCCUCACCUUUGCCUCCCAGCUCAAGGCAGGAAAGGGGCUCACUAUUGUGGGCUCUGUCAUUGUGGGGAACUUCCUGGAGAACUAUGGUGAAGCUCUGGCUGCAGAGCAGACCAUUAAGCACCUAAUGGAUGCAGAAAAGGUAAAAGGAUUCUGCCAGCUGGUGGUGGCUGCCAAGCUGAAAGAGGGUAUUUCCCACCUCAUCCAGUCCUGUGGCCUCGGGGGCAUGAAGCACAACACCGUGGUGAUGGGCUGGCCCAAUGGUUGGCGUCAGAGUGAAGAUGCUCGAGCUUGGAAGACUUUCAUUGGCACAGUUCGAGUGACAACUGCUGCCCAUCUAGCCCUGCUGGUGGCUAAAAACAUCUCCUUCUUUCCCAGCAAUGUGGAGCAAUUUUCUGAGGGCAACAUUGAUGUGUGGUGGAUUGUUCAUGAUGGGGGCAUGCUCAUGCUAUUGCCCUUCCUCCUGAAACAGCACAAGGUAUGGAGAAAAUGCAGCAUAAGGAUCUUCACAGUGGCCCAGCUCGAAGACAACAGUAUCCAGAUGAAGAAGGACCUGGCCACCUUCCUGUACCAUCUGCGCAUUGAGGCAGAAGUGGAAGUGGUGGAGAUGCAUGACAGUGACAUAUCUGCCUAUACGUACGAGCGCACCCUGAUGAUGGAGCAGAGGUCCCAGAUGCUGCGGCACAUGCGCCUCUCCAAGACAGAGCGCGACAGAGAGGCACAGCUGGUGAAAGAUCGAAACUCAAUGCUACGCUUAACUAGCAUCGGUUCUGAUGAGGAUGAAGAGACAGAAACGUACCAGGAGAAGGUACACAUGACUUGGACCAAGGAUAAAUACUUGGCAUCCCGGGGGCAGAAGGUCAAGUCAAUGGAAGGAUUCCAGGACCUACUUAAUAUGCGUCCGGACCACUCCAACGUGAGACGGAUGCAUACAGCAGUGAAGCUUAAUGAAGUCAUAGUUAACAAGUCCCAUGAAGCAAAACUGGUCUUGUUGAAUAUGCCAGGACCACCCCGAAACCCUGAAGGUGAUGAAAACUACAUGGAAUUCCUAGAAGUACUCACCGAGGGAUUAGAGCGAGUCCUCCUUGUCCGGGGUGGUGGCAGUGAAGUAAUCACCAUUUACUCAUAAUCAGCUUGUGGAAGAUUCUGCUUGGUCUUACCUUCAAAAGACUCAUCGUCCGUCCACAGAGAUGACAGCUCUUUCCUACCACUCCCACUCAAUUCUUGCGGAGCUGAGCCCCAACUAUGCUCUUGGCUGCAACAUGAUCUGCCAUCCCAGCAGAAGUAAAUAUUCCCUCAACAUCAGAAUGGUCAAGUCCUAAAAGCUAUUUCUAUGGCAGGAGAAGGCAAGUCAAAAUUAACAAGCUAAGCCAAAGGGAACCUUUGUCACUGCUGAAGGUAGUAAGUUAGUAAAACGUGUGCUAGAAAUUUAACUAAAAAUGAAAAACAAGUUAAUAUCCAACAUUCAGGAUGAGUCUCAGAAGCACGGUUCAAUGAUGGCACCAGAGAGGUAACAGCCAGUCAGCCUCACCUUAGUAAAAAAUGAGCGGCCAAGUAAAUGUUACCAUUGUGGAGAUAGUAUACUAAUAUACAAAAAUCUGAAACAUAGCUGCAGCCUCUACUUAUUCAAAAGUCUGAUCCCCCAGAUACUAAGUUUUAUUGUCUGUACUGUGCCACUAUAUUUCAACUGUCUUUCUUUAAAAACCCAUUCUGUGGUUGUAAUGUAGAGUGUUACCAUGGAAAAUGUUUUUUGAAAGGUGAAAUGUUUUUCAGGUUCUCAAAUGGCUGGGCUAACGGGAUUCCAGAGAGGACUAUUAAAAUGUGCAGAAACAGAGUCUGUGGUUAGCUCUGCAGCACAAAGCACACAAGGUAUUAUCUGAGAAAUGUAGGUUGUUAUACAGCUUAACCAGGAGGGUCUCUUCUUCCAUCCUUAGUAGGCACUGAUUUAAACAAACAAACAAAAAUUGUAAGAAAGGGACACUAGGACACUAGUGUACUGCCACCUCCGAGGACUCCCAGCUUUAGAGGGGUUCAGUAGUGGAACUGGGCAUGUGAGAGCCAUACCCUUCACACGGUGCCAAAAUCAUCUGUCUAAAGUGGCAGACAGGUUUGCAUUGGCCUGAUGUUAGCAGCUUUUCUUUCACAAGAAAUCGAUCUGUGGCCUCUUCACCAAAGCCAUAGUGAAGACUUGAGGUACUCGCCUCCAUGCCCAGAGCUGAGCUUUUCCCGUCAAUGUUAUUCUUCUGACUCCAGAAACUUGGCUCUGAACCAAGUGCUUCCCUGAGCCAAUGAUCUGCUGUCAAGUUUUGUUUUCAAAAAGCUUUAAAUGUGCCAAGGAAAUACUUGUGUAAGGUCAGCUUCGUUUUCUAAUUUAUUGGUCAUGAAAACCUAGCUUACCAGCAUAGGAAGUCUUUGUGGCUGAGCAGUAAUUCCAAGUAUGUGAAACCUUCAUAUUCUUUACAAGAUAGUUAAGAAACUGUCUUCUUGCUUACAUACAUGGCUGCUUUUAAAUUCCCAUUUAUUUAUGGUAAAUUGUGCUGUGCUACAUACCCUGUAGGACAUGGAACACCUGGAAUUCAACCCCAGAGACAGAAGAAAACCCUCAAACAUGGUUUAAGAAGCUGAGUCAUAGGAUUUGUUCUUCAUCCCCCAGGCCCACUCAAGGUAGCAGAGAGGAUCCAGAAACUUUUCCUGCUCCUCCCUGCAUCGGGUAGAAGAAACAGUUUACAGUUCCCUUUCCAACACUCCAUUGCAUAGUUGAGUUUAGUCCCCUAGGCUCCAAGGUGUUAAACACCCAUUCUGUAAAAGCCAGCCUGCCCAGGAACUGCCUGACACAUCUACCCCUGACCAUGAUACUACCUGUUCCCAUCCUAAACAAAUGUGGGCAGAGAAUAAAGUUAACGUUAAGAAAGGCUGUUUGUGGUUAGAGCUAUGUAAGAAUCUUUUAAAGGGUAAGAGAAUUAGUAGCUAUUAAUAUAGCUAUUACCUCAGUCCCUAAAACAUAGAAAUCACUGUUACAUGGAAAAAUGGUUAUUAGGCCAGAUUUAUACUCAUCUCUGUCUAGAGCAUUUCAUGUCUAUGUGUUGCUUAUGUUGUCUGUCUGCAAAGUGUCUAUAUCUCUUUUAAUCACUGCAAAUAAAGCAAUACUGAAAACUUGAGAGAAAAUGCACCUUAGGGGAAGGGGCCAAAUGUUUCUAGAGGGAAGAGAAAGAUCUUCUCCUGCCUUCUUAUAACACCCAGCUUUUGUGUCUUACCUAUGAGUUUAGCAGGGCAGGCUGUAACAUUCACUCUCCCCAACUGGCCCUCAGCCUUUCAUAGCUGUCUUAAAAGCUGGAGUUUGAACUGCAGGCCUGCUUGACAGGUGCCAGCUUCCUCAUGGCAGAGGAAAAGUCACUGCUCUUCAUCUUCUGUUGCCUCCUAUUCUUGUGGCCCCAAGGAUCCCUCCAAUCCUCAUUCCCCGUAAAUGUUAAAAAAACUUAUUGUGGAUAUUAAAAUAAGUUACACUGUAAGUAUAUUUACAUGCUCUUUUUUUCUGGUUUAUUUUUCAUCAUGUAUAAUUUGAAUUCAGCAUUAGCUUCUCACAUCUUGCAAAAAAUGUCUGGUAUAGAAUUUUUGUCUCUGCUUAUGCGAUAUAGAAGUGAAAUAUUAACAGAUUUAAGGGGAACUUGAGAAACUUUUAAAGCAUUGUUCUCGACUGUUUAAUUUAUUGAAAGAAGAUGCUGCUACUCAGCAGCUGCUAUUCUUUUGUUUACAUAGAGUCUGGUUUUGUUUUGCUCUGUGCUGGGAACAUAAAUAAAGUUUUCUACAUUAUUUUCA